CUGGACUUUCAGCGCCUAAAAUCUCCCAGUUUGGCUUCAGUAGCCUCCAGGAGAUAGGGCCUGAUUCUGGGAGACUCCUGGGGAAACCUGGGGGGUUGGCAACCCUAGUGAUGGAGUGUAUCAAAAAAGAGUUGAAUUAGGCCAGGAGGGCCCAAUCAGUCAAUUAAGCUGCACAGGGGGAGAUUUAGGCUUUGUGGAAGGCACUAAUUAGAAGGCGGCUCACCUGUGAGGGGACAGGAAGUGCUUCUAUAAAGCCAGGAGGCUGGAGACCGUGCGAGGGGCAUGGCAGGGAGGAAACCUGCAGUCUCUGUCCCUGAGGAAAGGGAGAAGGAAGGGGAGGUAGGAACCCCUGAGAAAAGGGGAUAGGCAGGAACCCAUGAGGAAGGGUUUAUCUCGUAGGCCUGAGGGAGAAUGGGCUGACUAGGAAGGCUGGGAAAAGAAGCAAGGUAGGAAGCAGUCCCCAGGGAAGAGAGCAGUAAGGGUGGUGCAGUCCCAGGCCUUAACUGCUCACAAUGGGGCCCUGGACUGGAACCCAGAGUAGACAGUGGGCCUCGGUUCCCCUGCCAUCCCCUGCAGAGUGGCAUUGCUUGGGGCAGUGAAUGGGGCAACUGCCUGAUUCCCUGCUGGAGUGACGUAGUCAGGGCAGUGGGCUGAGGAUUGCCCGACACUGCUGGUGCUGAGAGACUUUGAAAGUCCUGCCCCCCUCCACUCCCGCCCAGCCCAAAGGGGAAAUCACAGUGUGACCUGGCUGGAGGGCCCAAGUCAUGAAGCAGCUGUACUGCGACUCCGUGAGCUGGGGGAGAGCUGCAGUGAUGGAAGAGAAGAAAGGGGGCGCUGAACCAGGUGGAACUAAUCCCUGGAAUUGCCAGAAGGGGGCACCACUGAGCGGUGAGUAGAGUACCCAGUGACAAAACCAUAGAAGAGUCCUCAGAACAACCCCUGUCAUUGCUCUAGCCCCCACAACUCUCACUUUGAGGGUAAGUGCCUCAAGAAAUUCUGCAAGAGGAAAGUGGCUGAGUUAGUAUUUUUUGUGCGUGCUCUUCUUUUUUUCCUGGCAAAUCCUAUUCUCAUCCAGCUGGGAGCCUGGUAUUUGAAUUGGCAACUGAUUUUGUUUGCAGUUUUUGUGCAGCUGGUCUUGCACGGAAAGUCAUUUCUGCAAACCUGCCUCCAUUCUGGGCAGCAAGAGGACACAAUCUCAUUCCGAUUCCUCCUGCCUCUUCUAAGGCCUUGUAGACUCAGAGGAUUUGCCCCCAUUUCAGUGUUGCUGCCCCAGGGCAAACGCCUAAUGCAGACAAGCAAUAAUGUUAAUUUAAAGGCAGUGGAAGGGCUUCGCAGUGGUCAUGGUGUUGUCAAAGGGACUGUAAGAAAUUCCAGUUUUAUAGAAUGGAAAAACUCUCUGCAUGGUCAAGAGAUUCCUGCCCUGGAAACACCAUUAAAACCUGCAGGAGCAUGUGUUAAAUAGGGUUGGCUUUAUUAUAUUGAUACUUGGAAUACCUGAUCCUUGGGGCUUGUCUAGAGUAGACUAGGAGAACUCACACCAGCGUGACUACAAUUACAUCGGUGCGAUUCCCUGAUAUAGACCCCAAGCACCAGUAUAAAGCAGGACUGGAUGGAAUCUCUCUAAACGAGAACAGCCACCUGUGCCUUUGCAUUGACCUAGCUCCUGGGCUAACAGCUGGUUCACAAAUGUCUGUAAGAGCUCUGUAAAUGGCUUUCAUUAUUUCCAGUGGAGUACAAAGCCUGCUUUAUUUCUCAGCCUUUCCCCCUGCCCCGCUCAUCAGAAGAUGCUGAUAUCGUGACAGGCAGACAUUCUUUAAGCUUUCCUCUGAGAGUGCCCUUCUUGGAAUCUCCCCACCACACACAGCCCUCCCUUUGCUCUUAAUAUGUGAAUUUAGUGCUGGUGGGGGGAAAAAGCAGCCCUGGAAACUGGAAGCCUCUCAAGGGCCAGAUCCAAAGCUCAUUGAAGUUGGUUAAUGGGAGGCUUUCCAUUGGCCUCAUUGUGCUUUGCUCCGGCCCUUCGUCCAUCAGAGGUACGGUAUCCCUGAUUGCCAAGCACUUUGUGCCUUCAAAAUCAGACCCAGAACACCAGUGUGAAUGAAGCAGAUACAUUUCACUUUUCAGUUGGGGAAAGGGUUGCAAGCUAGUCUCAUGCUGUAACCACUGGAUCCCAUUUCCCCUGAUACAACGAGGACUGAAAAAAACUGAAAGUAAAAACUGAAAUUAAGAAACACCAAACUCAUUCCAGGCUCUGAGCCAGGCAUAAGAGGGCAAAUGAUUCUUGGUGACUAGCAUGAUGUGUGGUAUCAGUCAUCCUUAAACAGGGAGCAUUUGUUAAAGAAAAUGGCCUCAUCACACAAACAGGUCCACCACAGAGCUUGAGUUCCAAUUUUGUCUCUCUCGUUUACCAGGGACAACACCCUAUCUAGAAGUCUGUAUGUGGCACACAGACACUUAAUGGCUGACUAAUAUACAAGAAGUAAAUAUGAUACACAGCUAUUACGAUGACCCUAUCCAGUGACCAGAAGUUGAAAGUCACUACCUAGCCUAUUAUUGUAUCCCCUUAGCCAGAUGGCUUAACUGUCCAUUGCUUUUAUGCUCUGAACAAAUGGAUGAAAUUGUUGAGUAGCUUUUUUGAGGGCAGCUGUUUCAUUUUGUUUUUUCUUCUCCAUCUGCAUUUCCGACUUCUCAGCGGUUAUUAGCAAUGUUUGUUCUUCUGCCUUUUCAGAAUCUUCCACUAUCUGGGGAAGAAUGUUGUUUCUUUUUAUUCUGGUACAAAUUGUCCUACAGUACUCCUCCCUCCCUCCCCCCAAAAAGAAACAACCCAAGAAAAUCCUAGCAAUUUGUUACUGACUGGGAUUUUAAUGCCUGUUGUCUGUUUGUUUGUAUUUUACUUUCCCAUUGAGAUCUUUGGGCUUUCAACAGCAUUUCCUUCCAGCAUCAAAGAUUCCCUGGCGGCUCUAGAGGUGUCGGGCAUUUUCCUUCGUCCCAUCCCUCCCCUCCCCUCCCCUCCCCUCCCAUCCUGCCCCGUUCCUAUCCCAAAUGUGGCAGUGUGUCAUUGGACCAGCAUUUCCAAAGUGCUCAACAGCCAGCCAUUCCCCCUGGGAAAUCUGGCCCAUUCUCAGCUACAGAUGAGCAAAGCUGAGGCCCAGUGAGGUGAAAUGAUUUGCCCCAAAUCACACAGAGGCAGAACUCAGAACAAAACCCAGGUCUCCUUUAUUACCAGGUCUGUGCUCACUGGACCAUACUGCUUCCCUCAGUGUGAAUGUAACCCUGGAUUGAUACACGGGUAGAAUUACAGGUCAAGUACUAAUGUAGCUGGCCAAAGUACAGCAGCAAUAUCUGCUACAGGGUGAGUCUGGCGAGCAGUUUUCUGCCCCCUUUUCAACACUGUCCCCUCAUGCAUUGGUGAAUGUUGCUGCGUCCUCUCAGUCCCAUAGUGCCGGUCGCUGACCGACCACUGAGCUUCUGGUGUGGCUGAAGCCCUCGUAGGGCCAGGCUAUGGUGGAUGCUUCUGAGCUGCUGCUCCAAAUCCACCCUUUAGCAAAAUAUUCCAUCUCCUUUGCCUGCUAGAGGAAGACCUUGUUUUCAGCUCAUGUUCUAAACGGCAGAUCUCUCUCUCUCUUUCUCUCUCUUUUCUUUUCCCCUCUAGGAAUAACUGUAAGGCUUCAGCAAAAGCUGAUGACAAGGAGUAAUGUGCUAUUGAGAGAGAUGAAACUCUGGGGUGGCAGAUAUUCUUUGUCUCAGGUCGGACUGUGAUGUUCCCCAAUGCUGCAGCAGAUUAAUAAUCCUUUAUACUGCAUAGUCCGUUUACAAGGCAGAAGUUUUUCCUGCCUUUGCCACAGGCAGCAGUGAAGUAGCCAGGCAGGAAUGCCUCCAGGGCUACCCAAAUGUAAGGGUGGCUUUUGCUCUGCGGACCAAGAGCUCCACUGAGAGUCAACAACUGUUUUCAGAUGGGCCAUCAAGCAGCCAACGCAUGGAAAAUACCGUUCAGCUGCCACCACCCUGGGCUGGAUUUGGACUGGUGUCCUGGAGGUGAAAGGUCACUGCCGAUGCCCUGAGACAUCGAAGGUGACAUGAAUGGAGGAUGAAGACGGACCUAUCCUCUGACUUCUAAGGUGGGCCUUCCAGAACAGAGCUGAGGACCGGCGGUGGGGUGACAUGAAGGAAGCAUGCCCUGCCACUGCACGUGGUCUACUUGUUCUGUAGAGACAUAAAAGGAGUUCUAGGCUCCUGAUCUGUCACAUGGCACUGUUUAGUUUAGGGUGAAAUUCACACCUGUGCAGAGGGCCAGUAGUGCUUAUAGGUCCCCACCAUUAUCAGGUUCCCACUGUGCGAGGUGCUGUGCGUACAUGAGACCAUUCUUAAGCCCUCUGUUGAUGGAACAGGAGUGGUGCAUAACCCUUGUGCUAGCCUGUUGUACAGGGGUGAAUUCUACCCUUAAAAGUUUGACCCGUGUAGCAAAGCCAGAUCUGUGUGGAAACUGUCCAGAGGGAGGCCAUGCUAUGGUGAUGUAACAAUUCUAAAUGAAGGGAAGAGGGAAAUGCAAACAAUAAUCCGUGUGAAUGCAAGUGUUUGUUUUAUGAGCUAAAAGCUGGACUUGGGAAUGCAGCCACUUACUGUGCAUUAUACAAGGAACAACCACGCAAUGCUCCAAGCCAAAUACACCAGCAGCUGGGGAUGAAAAAAAUAGAGCAAAUAUAGAAACCUUGCUCCUUUAACAAAGGAAAUGCAAAAGUAACCCAAUUCUUGACAUUCUGGGGUCUCUAAGUGACAAUUUUAGUUCUUUGGAACAGGUCAGUCUCUUAGGGUAUGCCAAAGCCACCUGGAGGCAGCUUUCCCCCAUGUGAUAUUUACCACACAAAGUGUCUUAGGAAAUGCAUCCCUGAUCGUUGGGGAGAACCAGCCUCCUCAAAUCAGAUCCAGGUCUCAGUCAGCACUGCUAACUGCUGGGAAGAGAACACUGUGUAGUUAGCAGAUACAUUUAAGUUGGUUAUAUCCCCCCAUCAUCCCAUAUGGCUUCCCUCAACUGUAACAUGUUCCACUUCAGUUACAACUGUGUGCGAAGACGCAAGCCAGUGUUGCUAGGAAUAUUUUCUGUCCAAAUGUAGCUGGACUGUCGAUUCUGGCAUAUAAUCCAAGCCAAAUAUCCAGACAGGAGAAUUUAAAAUCUAUAUUGGAUAGAGCGUUGGAUUCAUAGCAGCACUCUGCACUUGUCUAAUCCCUUUCAUCUCAGGAUUUCAAAGCACCUGACGAAGCUAGGAAAGUAUUUUCAUCUCUGCUCUGCAAGUGGGGGUGCAAAAUCAGAGGGGCUAAGUGUCUUAUCCGAGGUGUUGCAGGGAGCCUUUGGAAGAGCUGGGAAUGAAACUCAGGAGUCUUGAAGUCUGCACUGCCCCCCAGAAGGGAAUCUUGAGAGCUGGGCAGCAGGAUGUGAGAGCAAAGCACGAGUGGCAGGCUGUGGGGAAGGUACGAGUCCAUUGAGGGCUGCAUGUGAGAAGCCAUUGAGACAGAUACACCUUUACUAAGAACUACCACUUUCCGAAGUCCACUAAAGGACCCAGAUGUGACGGUGACUUUCUCAGGGAUAGUAGGUGCUCACUGGGUUAAGAUUAUGUAUCCCUUACAGCUCUGUGAGCAUCCAAAUAAAAUCUGUGAAUAGCCCAACAUCAGAACUUUCCUCAGCUGACCCUUCAGGCCCUGCUCUCACUGCCAAAGUAGCUGAGGUUUGUCUUGGCCAGGUUGUUGAGCUGAUUUUUCUAAGCAAGUAUUUGGCUUAAAUAGAAAAAGUUCUAAAGGAUCCUGCAGCCAGCAGCUGGUUGGAAUUGCACACAGGGAGGCGAGUUCCUGUGCUGAUGGUCGCAGCGCCUACCCACACAGUGAGAAAGGAGAGACGCCUGCUUUCCAAGAACCACUCUGGUUUGAAGAUGUUGGUCGCCCAGUUCCCAUCCAGGAGAACCAUUUCCUUCCCUUUCCCCUUCAGACAGGAGUGUGUGACACUAAACACCCCUGAGCUCCUGUAACUUCUCAGCAGCCAGUUUCCCAGUGACCCACUUGGGGUCAGACUGGGCGGGGCUAAAAAGUAACAAGAUUUCUGCUCCUAUCCAGAAUGUGUCAGAUGGUCUCGGUCAACUCAGGUCAAAGGCCUUCUCUGUAUUAAACUUCAAUAGCCUCUUGAAUAACCGAUAUAUUGCAGCAAUUAGAGCCUCCAGCAGGCUCCUUUAUCAGCCGAUUCAUAGUCCGUUCAGAAGAGAAGUGGGUCCAGAAUCAGAACCCUCCAUCCAAACUUUGCUAUUGUUUGGAAUCUGAACCCAAUCCAUAUUUUGCAGAUAACCCUAUAAUUUUCUAGAGCGGGCCAAAGCAAGCCUCCAACUCUUCCAGACGUGGCGGGCGUUUGGGUUCUGGAUUCAGCUUUUGCAUACUUAUACCUAUGUGGUCUUGGAACUCAGCCUGGGACUCUGAAGAUCGGGGUUCAAGUCCCUGCUCUGCCACAGACUGUGACCUUUGGCAUGUCAGAGAGGCAGACAUGGAUCAAAUGGAAGGACUUUCUGCAGACAGAAUCAAGGGCUCUCUUUCAUCUGACGAAGAGAAGUGUGGUAGAUAUAAAUACAUUGUGGGAUUUUUAUACCUUUUCCCUCUGGUGGCUUUGUUGGCUACUCUGAAAGAUCCAGUUGGAGCUGCAGCUCAGAAAUCUCAGGAAGAUGCCAUAUCUCCUGGCUUUCAGGGGGUGAGUGCCCCAGCUCUCCCACACCUACCCCGUACACGGAGAAAACGAUACACGCUCACACCAGGGCAGCUGAAAUGGGACCACUUCAACCUGACGUACAGAAUCGUGUCCUUCCCGAGAAACCUCAUUAAUGAAAGUGACACACGGAAGGGGUUGGCAGCUGCUUUCCGAAUGUGGAGCAACGUUUCACCAUUCAACUUCAAGGAGGUGCCACCCAACUUGUCUAGUGACCUGGAAAUAGGCUUCUAUUCCAUAAACCACACUGAUUGCCUGGAGUCACUCAUCCAUCAUUGUUUCGAUGGGACAACAGGGGAGCUCGCCCAUGCUUUCUUCCCCAAAAAUGGGGAAAUCCAUUUUGAUGACCAUGAAUAUUGGAUAUUGGGAAACACCCGGUUCAGCUGGAAAAAGGGUGUUUGGCUUACAGACCUCGUACAUGUAGCAGCUCAUGAAAUUGGACAUGCCCUGGGACUCAUGCACUCCCUGAACUCUAAUGCCCUGAUGCACAUCAAUGCCACUUUAACUGGGAAAAAGACCAUCUCCCAGGAUGACAUGUGGGGGAUUCACAGACUCUAUGGCUGCACAGACAGACUAUUCGUAUGUCCAUCAUGGACUCGGAAAGGUUUCUGUGAGACUCGUAGGAAGUUGAUGAAAAAGCACUGUCCAUCCAGCUGUGAUUUCUGCUAUGAAUUCCCUUUUCCAACAGUAGCGCCAACUCUUCCUCCACUCAGGACGAAAACCAAGAUUGUUCCUGAAGGCAGGAAUGUCACCUUUCGCUGUGGACAGAAGAUUAUUCAUAAAAAAGGCAAAGUUUACUGGUAUAAAGAUAAGGAGCUUCUGGAAUACUCAUAUCCAGGUUACUUAGCCUUAAAUGAUGACCACAUGAGCAUUAUUGCCAAUGCAAUUAACGAAGGAACCUAUACCUGCAUUGUGAAGAAAAAGCAAAGAAUCCUGACUACCUAUUCCUGGAGGAUUAGGGUUAGACAUUAACAAGGGUCUUGAAUGAGGACAUCAGUUAUGGCUAGUUAAGUUUCAGACAAAAAUCCCAUCCUCUUCCGCAUUUUAUGUUUAACCUCCAGCAGAGCAACCCAGCAUAGAACUCAGCUGCUACCAGGGGAGGGGCAAGAAAGUUGGACACUGGAGAAAUUUUUCCAACGAUCAAGAGUUUACUAUCAAGCACAUGCUGCUGCAAAAGAGGGGAAAAAAAUCUUGAAGCCAAGAUGACCCAGGUAAUUGUAGAUCAUUUAAAAACUAACCAAUCCAUUGUAUUAAUGGAACCUGGAUUUAGAAUAAAAAUGGGUCACCAGCUUGAUGUUGCAAUAGCUUUGGCUAUAUACUGGAAACAAAAGGACUGGUUAAUGUUCCAGGGUUUGUCAUGCUGUCAAGCAUUUCUUUGUACUUUAACUUUCUAAAAUGCCAAUAUAUGGCAGAGGGGCUUGAAACAAAAGACUAAUCCCUGGCUGUAUUCUACAUGGAUGCUGUUAUUUGAGCACUGAAGGAAUGGGGGAGGUUUAACUCUAGAAUGAGCUUUUUCCAGGGAAAAUUUCUCUAAUUCCAAAUGUUACAUAACUAAAAUAGCCAGGGAAUGCGUCUUCCCCCGUAAAUGUUUCUGUGAUUUGUAUUUAUCACAAUGUGUUGUUUACCUCUGUCUGUAGCUUCCAAGCCUGCAUCAGAUGUCAUUCUUAGAUAACAAGUUACCAAUAAAUCACUAAAAUAA